UCAGCCACACAUACUAAUAUACACACAAAGCAAUUAUUUAAUCAAAGGUUCCAGAUAAAUACUAGGGUUAUAGCAUUCAUCCUACAACAUUUGUGCUGUAUAUGUCAUCAUAUAUCGCUUUGGGACCAAAAUGAUCAAGUGAACAAUUACUCAAUUUGUGCUGGGAGUUUGUACUGUGAUAUACACAAAUGUUGUGAGUCACGUAUACUGAUAGUUUGCUUUGUUGUGGUUCAUGAAUCCGACCAUCGCGGCGCCACAUGCCAUUUCCCUAGUAUUCGAUCAGAGCUUAGACCCAACACCUUUUCUUGUAUUCUACCAGAGGAUUUAGCUGAAGAUAAUGGCGAUGGGGAUUCUGGUUCGGCGACUCUCUCGUGGGUCGACGACUUUGCAGACGGUCGUCUCAUUGCGUCAUGCGAGCUGGAGAUUGUAUUCUAAGGCCUUUAGGGAAGAGCGAGACACUUUUGGACCCAUUCAAGUUCGAGCUGAUAAGUUCGUCUUUCUCCUUUCCAAGUUUUCAGGUUGUGGGGUGCACAAACUCAAAGAUCAUUGCAAAAUUUUGAAAUUGGCGGCGAGCGUGAGCCGAUGCAGGAACCAAUCAUUCGUGCCUUUGGAAUUCUUAAGAAGUGCGCUGUCAAGUAUUGCAGGUGAACGAGUAGUAUGGCUUGAUCCAUCCAUGGGGAAGGCUGUAAGCAAGCUGCUUGAAAGGUGGCUGAAGGGAAGCUAAAUGAUCAUUUCCGACUUGCUGUAUGGCAAACUGGCAGUGGCACUCAGAGUAACAUGAAUGCCAAUGAGGGAUCCUCUCAAAUGGUGUUCGUAAUGAUGCUUGUUCCUGAAUCCACUGGUGCAAUCUUAUCGCUGGGAUCUUUCCUAGUAAAUAGUGCAUAUCCUAGGUGCAUAAAUGAAAAUUUUGAUUUGUUUAUUGGUUGGCUUAUAGAGUUGAAAUUGAACCAAAGGCCUUCCCCCGUUAUUUCCUUAGUUCUGUCACUGACAGGGUGCCAUGUGUUAUUCAAGUUAACCUGAUUAAUGGAUGAUGAUCAAAUGCAUCAACACAUCGAACUGUCUUGUCAUAUAAGAUCUUGCAUAAGCAUACUACCGGUUUACCUGCCCAGGCCACCAAAUAUAUGUCCAAACUGGUAAUUUAAUAUGUUUUCUGUCUUUGAUGGUUCAAUGCUCACUAAAAAGUGCUUCUCUAUAGAUUCAUAAUCAAACCAUGUGAAAUGUGAAAUUCAAUUUGAACAACACACCCCAAACUGUAUGUAUAAAACAUUUGCAUUUUGCAUAGAGUUAGACUUCUUCUGACUGUCAGAUAUUGAAAAAAAUCCUGCUCUUGCCAAUAUGAUAUUUUA